AGAGCGUCGCGCGGCUCCGACGGCUAACGCGUCGCUAUGGAAACGGCUCUCCCGAUCCGUACCUCCACGAGCUCGAUGGCAGCUGGGGAGCCGGCGCAUUCAGGUGGCUUCUACUUCAGGUUCUUGCCUCAGAGACUCUUCCCGUCUCUGAGCGCCCCGGAGACCACCAGCCGGCUGCGCCAGUGGUCCAUGCUGGGCAGACUCAAGGCGCAGGCGUUCGGGUUCGACCAGACCUUCCAGGCCCACCGGAAGGACGACUUCGUUCUGGCUUUUUUCAAAGACCCAAAUGUUAUUCCAAAUCUGCAGUUACUUUCAGAUUCUUCUGGACAAUGGAUUACACUAGGAACUGAAGUGCAAAAAAUUGAAGCUACAAACGUUCCCUGCACACAGCUUUCAAUGUCAUUCUUUAAUCGGUUAUAUGAAGAAGAUAUUGUACGAGACAGUGGACAUAUUGUGAAAUGUUUAGAUUCUUUUUGUGAUCCAUUUAUGGUUUCUGAUGAAUUGCGAAAAGUAUUGCUAAUGGAAGACUCAGAAAAAUAUGAAGUAUUCAGCCAGCCAGAUAGAGAUGAGUUCCUAUUUUGUCUUUUUAAACAUCUUUGCCUUGGUGGAUCCCUUUGUCAGUAUGAAGAUACACUCAAGCCAUACCUGGAAACAGCAAAGCUUCUCUAUAAGGAUCUGGUGAGUGUUCGAAAGCAUCCACAAACCAAGAAAAUACAAAUUACCUCUUCUGUCUUUAAAGUUACAGCCUAUGACUCGGCUGGUCUGUGCUACCCUUCCAGGAAGAAUCAUGAGCAGACAUUUUCUUACUUUGUUGUGGACCCUGUCAAACGUCACGUUAAUGUUCUGUACCACUGCUUUGGGGUUGGGGACAUGUCUUGAAUCCUUCAGAUGACCUGUAUCUACUGGCUUUUCAUUUAUUGUUUUUCUAUUUCCAUACUAAUUUAGAGACAAAUGUUUACCUUAUAGAGAGCUGCUUAGAGAAGGGAAAUGCAAGCACAAAGAGUCCCUGUCUAAGUUUGUCUGGAUUCCCUGCCACAGUGGAUACAGAGCCAUUGUGAAGUGGUGACAGCGAGUUACCAGAAACUGACAAUCUGGAUUGUAUUUGUUGUGUUAAGAUUUAAGUGAGUUCUCAAUUUCCCAUAUAUUUUGUCUUUGAAGCUAAUUCUGCAUUGAAGUGAUAAUAGAAAACUGAAAUAUCUACCACCAAUUAUUAAUAUGAAUUGUUAGCUUUUUGAACUUGAUUUUCAUUUAAUUAUGUUUUUUACAUUGCAUUAAGGUUUACAUCUCUGGAGUUAGGAAAAGCAUCAUUCCACUUAGAACCCAAUAGUGUUUGGUAACUGUAAACUCUUUCAUCCCAUAUAAUUAGAACAGCAGGUACCCCCAUCUGACACAAGAACUAUGUGAGCAGGGAAGUUGCCUGAUGAUAUAAAUUGGCAGAACUGCAAGGAUCAGGUCGUCUUGGUAUAGUGUCCUGUUACAGUCACAGAACUGUUUGGGUCUUUUUUGUUGUUGUUGUUGUUUAAUGCAGUCCAGGCUAGUCUUAAACUCUUGAACUUCCUGCCUCAGCCUCCUGUAUGCUGGAAUUACAGGUAUAUCUCACUACACCUGGCUGACAGAUUUUUUUUCCUGUGGGAAAGUGAUCAUAUCCUGUAGGUGAUGGAAAGCCUGCCAGCGGUAUUGAGCUUUGAGGAGGGAGCAGUUUGAUACACGUUCCUGAGGUACAGGGGUGAGGAUGAUAAUCGUGGACUUGAGUCUGGGCCAGAGGGCUGGGAUAAGCAGGCCUGCUCAGCCUCUGCCGCCUCACACGCACCUUGGCACAUUGCUUAUGAGUGAAUAAACUACCACUAGUUGGUACAGGCUGAAUAUGCCUUGUUGAAAUGCUUGCGACUAGAAGUCCUCUAGUUUUAGUUCUGUGGAUUUCUGUUCUGUGUGAUACUUGCAGAGACUUUACUGUUGAGCAUCCCUAAUUAAAAAGUCUGAAGAGAAAAAUUUGAAAUUUUCCAGUACUGACAGAACACU